AUGGGCCGUCUGCGUCGUUCUCGCACUCACCAUGCUCAGCGAGACGUUCGUAGGGCUUCGAGAACCCGAGCUCGUACGAGAGACUUGGAUCAGAUUCAGCUGAUUGAUUUGGAUCCCAAAAACCGUGCCGCUCUGGAGACUCAGCCUCUGGACUUUGAGAGGCCUGGAUUAGCGCAGCAUUACUGCGUCGAAUGUGCCAAAUACUAUGAAACCGAUGCUGCAUUGCGAUCACAUUGGAGGAGCAAGGUACACAAGCGACGGUGUAAGGCUCUGAAGGAGCCUGCCUACACGAUUGAGGAAUCGGAGCGCGCUGCGGGUCUGGGAAGAGAAGAAAGGCCAGUGCCACAGCUUACGGAUCAGGUAGCUGGAUAA